CGCACACGCACACCCCCACCACUACCACCACCACCACCACUCCCACAACUUUUGUCUGCAACCAUUUUGCAAUUUUGUAUCAAAGAGUUCAGAUUUCAACCUUCAAUGGCGGAUGAGGUAGUUUUGUUGGAUUUCUGGCCUAGCCCAUUUGGGAUGAGGCUGAGGAUUGCUCUGGCUGAGAAGGGCGUUGAGUAUGAGUACAAAGAUGAGGACGUGAGGAACAAGAGCCCGCUGUUGCUGCAGAUGAACCCGGUUCACAAGAAGAUCCCGGUUCUCAUUCACAAUGGAAAGCCAGUCUGCGAGUCCCUCAUUGCGCUUCAGUACAUUGAUGAGGUUUGGAAUGAUAAGGCUCCACUCUUGCCCUCUGACUGUUACCUCAGAGCCCAGGCCAGGUUCUGGGCUGACUACGUCGACAAGAAGAUAUAUGAGUUUGGGAGGAAGCUUUGGACAACGAAAGGAGAAGAACAGGACGCAGCAAAGAAGGAAUUCCUUGACUGCAUGGGCGUGUUAGAAGGAGAGCUCGGAGACAAGCCUUUCUUUGGGGGCGAGACCAUUGGAUUCAUGGACGUGGCGCUUAUUCCAUUCUAUAGCUGGUUUCUUUUGUAUGAGAAAUUUGGCAACUUCAGUGUUGAGGCGUUGCACCCAAAGUUUAUUGCCUGGGUUAAGAGGUGCAUGGAGAAGGAGAGCGUGUCCAAAUCGCUCCCCGAACAGGAAAAGGUCUACGAUUUCGUCAUGCUUAUGAGGAAAAAGCUUGGAAUGGAGUAGAUUUUGGAGGAAUCAUGGGAAGAAGCUAGUGAUGAUCAAUGUAAUUUCAAGAUUCAACCUGUUUUGGGUUGUUUUGAAUUAGAAUAAAAGGGCACUUGACCAAGCCUUUACUGUAUUUAGGCACUUUAUUGUGCUUCUGUUCAUAUGUUUAUUUUGCUUCUGUAGUCAAACUAUCAUUCUGUUGUCAGCUUGUUAUAGUAAGGAAUCUAAAUCUACUCGAUCAAAUUUCUUAUUA